GAGUGAGUUCUGACCUAUUAUUUCCCACCGGAUGUUACAGAAAUGAAACAUGUUGUGACUGCGAUGGUCUGGAAUUUUGCGAUGAACGACAGAUGUGUUUUCUGUGUUUCUCAGGAGAAGGACACGUCUCUGUAUCGUCCGGCUCUGGAAGAACUGCGGCGUCAGAUUCGCUCCUCCACGACCUCCAUGACAUCGGUGCCUAAACCGCUCAAGUUCCUGCGACCGCAUUACGCCAAACUCAAGGAGAUCUACCAGAACAUGACGUCAGGAGACAACAAGUUCUGCGCUGACGUGGUGUCUGUUCUCGCCAUGACUAUGAGCAGCGAGCGAGAGUGUCUGAAAUACCGUCUGCUGGGCUCACAGGAGGAGCUGGCCUCAUGGGGACACGAAUACGUACGGUACGACAUGCUAGAGACACUAACAUUACACUAGUGUCAUGC